AUUUAAAGACCGAUUAAUAGUAGAACGAUUCAGAUUAGAUUCGAUUAUAAAAUAUCGAUAACUAACGAUAUCAAAUAGCAGAAUUGCACUAUAGUUGCGUGUUGCAUUACGAGUUACGAAUUGUUUGUCAAAUCAAGCGUAUUUACUUAUAUGUUAAAAGGAUGAAGUAAUAUUUAUGACAGACAGAUUCUUAAUAUUUAGUAAAAAUGUAUUAUUUUAGACAUAAAAAAUUGGUUAUGAUCUUCAAUAUAGUAAGAAAUAUGGCCACCCUUAGAAGAUUUUAUCGAAAAACAAAUAUAUUAUUGUGUGAUGGAAAAUUUGAAAUUACACUUGAUCAAAGGAAGCUCAAAACACCACAAGGAAAGAUAUUACAAGUGGAAAGCAAACCUUUAGCUUUAGCUAUAGCAACAGAAUGGGAUAUGCAGAAAAACAUUAUUGAUAGAAGUAGUAUGCAUCUAACAGCCCUGUGUAAUACUGUAAUAGAUAAUCCUAACAAUCAUACAAAGCAAGAUAUGGCAAAUCACAUUGUGAAUUGUUUGGAAAUGGAUACAGUACUAUUUCAUUCAUACGAAAAUGAAGAAUUAUAUAAAAUACAAACUGAAAAUUGGGAUCCACUAAUACAAUGGUUUUGUGACAAAUAUGGGGUGAAUUUGGUUAAAACUCAGAGUAUAGAAGCUCCUACUGUAUCUUCAGAAACUAAAACAAUAUUGACAAGACACUUAAUGUCCUACAAUUAUAGUGCAGUUUAUGGUUUUAUGUAUGGAGUCGAUGCUCUCAAAUCUGUAAUCCUUACUCUAGCUGCAGCAGAAAGAGUAAUUAGUAUAGAGGAAGCAGUAAGGCAAUCACGCUUGGAGGAAAAUUAUCAAAUUUCUCAUUGGGGUUCUGUAGAAUGGUUCCAUGAUCAAAAUAAAUAUGACUUACAAGCUCGUUUAGCUGCAGCUAUCUUAUUUGUGCAUUUGAACUCUUAUUCUGUGUCAUGUCAACCAAAAAUAAAUAACAAGAAUGUUGAUUAAUUUAUAAAAAUUAAUUGAAUAAAUUUUGUACAAAACUCGUACAUGUGGCGUAUUGGAAUGAAAUGAAACAGUAACAAUAUUUUUACUAGUUUGAAGUACGACAAGAAGAUGGGUCAACAGAAGAUAAUGCCUCUACUGGACUUGAAUUGGUUAUUGGAUAAAUAGCAGUUUCUGUGCGUAAUUCAAUGUCAAAUAUACAACCAGAAAAUCCAGUAUGAAGGGGCAAAUCGUGAGGUAAAGACUCAAAAUUUUUUGAUUUGUGUCCACCUGAACAGGAAUAAUUUUUACAAAUAAUGUUGCAUCUAUCUUCUAAUAUAAACUUUUUAAACAAAAUUAUCAAAUAAUAAAAAGCGAACCGAUAUAAAGUAUUGGUGA